AUGACUUUAACGACUACAACAAUACUAUUCUUUGUUAUUUUCUUUCUCGGAACAGUUUUUGUUGAUUCUGCUCCCGCUGGGGAUUGUGCCACUUCAUGGACAGAAGGAACUGAUUAUUUCCCGGAUAAAGUUUCAGUUGACUUUCUCUCGGGGUUCAACGUUUCGUAUCAUAACUAUUACAAGAUCGUGACGAAUAUUCGGGCAAAUGAAACCUACUUGCUUUAUUGUACUUCGGCGCGCCCUAAUAUAUCUCUGACAGAUACUAACGUUAAAAGUUAUGUACAAGUUCCUGUAAAGAAUGUUGCUAGUCUCGAUUUAAAUGUAGUUUCCUUUUUGGAGAUCCUUGGUCUCAAUUCAUCGAUACAAUAUAUCGCAGAUCCAGAAAAUGUGACAUCUCCAUGUAUCCAAAAGGCGAAUAUAACUUCAUUUGUCGACACUGGUGACAAUAACAAUAAUGCCAGUGAUUCGGUCAAUGUCGUUUUCUCUAGUGUUUCAAAAAAUUUGGAUAAAUAUGUGACUGUUCCUCUUGGAAAUGAUUUAAAUCCAUUACAGAAAGCCGAAUGGAUAAAAUUCGUUUCCCUAUUUUAUAAUAGUGAGAAAAAUGCAACAGACAAAUUCAAUAAUAUCCAGAAAAAUUAUGAUUGUAACGCGCAGAACUCGGAUACGGUGCCCACAUCGUUUAAGUACACUAUCGCAUGGGUUGCCUAUGAUUCUGCUGCUAAUGAAUGGAAUGUGAAGAAUGAUAUCUAUUUUGCUCAAUUGACGUUAAAUGCUGGCGCAAUACCUAUAUCGAGUUCUAGUCAAAACUUUUCCCAACUUUCAAGCUUUCAAUCUGCAAUAUCAAAUGCUUAUCUGGUGAUCGAUCUUUCACCAAUCACGGAUGAAACCACCAACACAUACAACAAAUGGUUAAAAGUAUUCGGCUAUUCCAACAAUGAUAGAUCCAAGUUACCAGCAUUCAUCGAUAACCGCCGAGUCUAUCGGACGGACAAAUUACUAAAUAAAUUAGGAUACGAUGAUUGGUCCAGAUCUUCAAGCAUCCGUCCAGAUCUUGUGUUACGUGAUUUAAUCUCGAUUCAGUAUCCGACUUAUGAACGAGAUUAUGUGCCUACUUGGUUGGAAAAUUUUUCAGCCUCCGAUAACCCAAAAAUUUUAGCAGCAGAAAAUUGUGGAGUUUCGUCGGCUGUGCAAAGUCCAUUGUUUGCGCCUAUUUCUACAUGUGAUGCUUCAGGUUCCUUCCUGGUUGGUAAAACUCAACAGCCAAGCCAAAAUAAUGAAGAUGCUAACUCGCCUUCGCCUUCGAAAAAAACAAAAGAGUUAACUGCCAUUGUUCUCGGUAGUAUUGGCGCUUUGUUACUUGUCGUGAUUGGAUUCGCAUUUAUAUUGAGAAAGAAGUUCCAAUCCAAGUUUAUCGAGAUGAAGGAUGAACCUACAAUCCAAAUGACUCAAACUGAGGGUGAAAUUAGAGUUAUCAAAGUAGAAGAAAAUGCAUGA